AUAUGUAAUAAUAUAUGGGGUGUUCAAUUUAAAAAAUUAAAGAUGAUCUUCAUAUGACUUUCAAAUGACUAUUCAAAGUUAGACCAAUUACACCUUUUUAUAGAUCCCUUCGAACCAAACAACUUUUAUCUGAAACAGUUUUCUUUAAAAUGGUUUGUUUUCGAGAUAUUCGACCGUUUCCAGACUUUUCCAAUACCCUGUAUAUAUAUCAUAAAGUACUACUUCUAACAAUGACAACAAUAUAGCGAUAACAAAAGAUAGAACAUAAUUAUCUUGAGGUAGUGUAAAUAAGUUUUAUAGAGGAUGUUAAAUUUGUACGGAGGAGCGAAAAAAAUCAAUAUCUCUAUUUAAAAAGAAGUUGAAUUAAUUAUUAGUGAUAAAAUCUACUUUAGAUAAAUUUGUUUUACACCAUUAGAAGGUGGAGACAGAAGUAUUUUACGAGGAAUUGUAGGACAUAAAAGCUACAUGUAGAGCGGAAGUAUAUACAAUCGACCCAAGUCCUAAGAUAUAUCUAUUUAUGCAUGUAUAUAUAGACGUUUAUAAUGAUACAAAUUAAUAUUCUUAUGUUCAUUUUUUCUGGUACAAGUAGAUACGCGUUUAGAAUGCUGUUGUUUGUGCAUGCGCGAAUAUAUACAUUUGCACAUGUUUUUAUCAUGAUAGACAAAUACAUGUUAUAAAUCGUAGAGAUCAAAUUGAUCGUAGAAAAUUGCUUUGUUUGUUAUUGCUGAGGAAGGCAAAAGAAUAAUACCUAGUAAUACAUUAAAUGUCAUACGACAUAAUGUCGUUAUAGUUGAUAUUUCGGAAAAACAUUCGUCCUGGCUAAGUUUUACAACUUUAAUAGUAUGUUGUUAUUUGUUAUUCAUUAUGAUUACUAUUAAUAAUUAAUUGUAAUUAUUUAUUAUAAUGAUUAUUAUUUUGAUAUAUAAACAAAAAUUUAUCCAAACAAUUUCAUUGAAAAUAUAUGUUAUAUGAUAUAAUUUGAUGAAGCAAUUCAUUUUUAACGACUCAUUAUUAUAUGAAGUUUAUGUAUAUUCACUUAUAGUCUGUUUUGUAUUAGUUUUUAUUAUAAUAAUUAAUACUUGUGUCGAUAAUGUCGCGUACGACGUUACCCGCGUGCUUACGACGAUACCAAAGGCGCUAAUUCAACUUAACCUAAACUAUAGCCAUAGGACCGCUAUCGUUCGAUGUCGUACCUUUUGUAAUUACAAUCUGCAGAGAAAUCGUGAAAUCAUUACAACGCGUUGUGUCACAGACGUGAAAGGAAGAAUGUAGAUCUCUGCACAAGAAACAGUCGUGUAAAUUAUAAAAGUGAUCACAAAUGAAUUAUAACCUCACAAUGCGUAUGUUUCACUGCAUGUCUUGAACUGAUUGAUUAGUGUUGUUUAUUGUUAAUUUUAUAUUAUUUAAUCAAAAUGGAAUGCAAUGAGGAGGAUUGGUGUGUAGAAUGUUCCGAUGAUGAGAAAUACGAGGUAGAUGCAAAGCGUGAAUGGAAUAUAAAAGCUGAAGAUAUACUUUCAUUGAUCGAGGGCUUGGAUACUAACAAUCGUGUGCUGGAGCUUGAAUGGAAGUGUCCUGGUAGACGAGGUCCUUCUCCCCUUCCUUCAAACAAUCGGCAACAAGAGCAUGGAUCUCAAGAAUACAAGGCCGAAGAAAAGUCCGACUUUGAUUUCAUGGAUGAGAUAUCACCGAGAUUGCCUGUUCGAAGAUUGGGAGAAAGUACUCCUAAAGGUAGUGCUAAAAAGAAGACUGCUAGUUUCAAUGUUGUGUUAUCUACCAUGCUAAGACACCGUAGGCAGGAACAGCAGGAAAUCAAUGCCAGCCCAAAGAAAAGUGAAUCUCCUGGACUGAAGCCACAUGCUCCCAUUUAAAAUUUGUUACUAUUUAAUGGCUAAACAAUCUACAUGUCUGGAAGAUUGAAAAAACCAAUAUAGCCAUAUAAUUCAAAAUUAUAAAGCAAUUAUGUGGACUGUGCAGAGAGACAUUACUCUGUACGUAUUGUAAAAAAGAAUACUACAGUACCUCUGUUAGAAGUAACAUCUAUUGGAAAAUACUAUAUAUUGUACCUAUUCAAUGGUAUAUUACUGCUCCAUCCUCUGUGAGGAUAUAAAUGAACGCUACGAAUAUGAUACUGACAUUACAUUUAUAUCACACUAACAGGUUUUACAUCAAACGUUCUCAAUCAUGAAAUUAUGACAAGGCGAUGCAUUUUCUACAUAGAUCUUUCUCUGUAUAAAGGAGAACAAAGUACAUGGAUUUUUCUUUUAUUUCUCACGAGGAUGUAUUUUCCUGUCUACGUUAUGUGUGUAAAAAAAAAAAUUAUAUAUAUAUAUAUAUAUAUAUAUAUAUAUAUAUAUAUAUAUAUAUAUAUACACAUGUACAAAUAUAUACAGGUAAAAUGUUAAAGAGAAAAAACUUUUGCAAAGUGAAAGUAAUUGAUGCGUAUUUUAUCGCGGAUUCGAUUUAAUUGCGCAUUGGUAACACAAGCAUUGCGAACGGCGAUUAACUCUAGUAAUCGUUAGUAUAAUUCUAUUAAUUAGUGUAAUGUUUGCCGUAAUAUUAUUUUAUAUUGGUUUUACUUUUAUUCCGAAAGAUAGUUUGAUAAAUAUUUUACUUUAGAUGUUUACCUUAUAUUUGCAAAAUCUGACGCACAUAUGAGUUCUAUAUCUUUUCCGUCGUUCUUGUUUCGUACGAAUAAUUAUAUUACUAAAGUACAUUGUCUAUUACAACACAAUAUUGUUUUAUGUACGCUGUAAGUAUAUUUAUUUGUAAAGUGCAAUACAUCAAUGUCUAAUAUUACACAAUUUUUAAGAAAUAAUAUUCUUGUGAAGUA